AUGUCAGCCAUGGAUAUGGCGGCUGUAUCGCUGCAGUGUGAUUUUUAUAAUCUUGAGCAUUGCAAAGACAUCGAGUGUGGUGUAUAUCCCUCUUAUCCGCAUGAGAGCAAUACCGUGCAUCUUCGUCAAUGCACAAAAAACAUACGAAGCCAUUUGCAGAAGUGGAAAGUUGCUGCACAUGAUGUGAAUGUCGAGUGGAAGUUGAUCCUCCUGCGAUGUGGGUUAUUCGACGUUGAUGCUUACCACAUGUUCAGUGAUAAGACAAUAUGCCCGGCACAUCGGUACAAGUUAGGGUUGAGUUGGACAUCAACAAGGAAAUGCUGUCAUCCACUCCAUGAAGGGAAAGGCAAACCAUAUCGUGGUGCGAAUAAAACAACUAGUCGUGAGGUGUUUGUUCGAUGGGGUACCCUGAUACCAGUCGGAACAGGUAUCUGUAGAGGUUGUUUAUCUAAGCACCCACUAGCAGUAGCAGUUACACAACGGACAGCGGAACAACUACCACCUGGUGAUAUGCCCUCUAAUAAGGAAGAGCAGCAGCGCACAGUCAGUGAUUUCUCAUUGCCGGCUGGUGGACUCCUAUCUCUCCAGUCCACUGACACAGAGUGCACUCAAAUUCAAGAGCAAACGCGUGAGUCUUCAUCAACUGAUGACAAUGUUACACAGGAUCUGGGUGCAUUUGACUCUUCUUGGGCUCCAACCCCCCGACCAAAGAAUGUGGAGUUGCAAUCCCUGAACUCUUUCCUUAUCCAGAGUGGAAGGUCUUCUGUUGAUGGACAACUUCGUCGACCAUUAGAAGAAGCAUCUGAUAGUACCGUCCGUUAUUAUAGAAGAAAGGCAAAGGAAGCUUUUGGUUUAGUUCUCCAUUGUUUGGCACCUGGUCAAGAAGAUGAGCUUAUGAAGACCACAGUUGGUGAAAAAGCUGCUGACUUAUCACAAAGUGAUCAAGAUGUUGCGCAGUACCAGCUCUCUAGUUGUGUGCUAUCAAGCUGCAGACAACUGGUGUACCAAACGACAGAUUUUAUCAAUAUUGGCCCACAACAUGACAAAGCAAAGACUCAUGCAACUGAUUCCGGGGCUCACCAUCUACAGGAUAGAUGCAGCAAGAAAGCAUGCUAAGGAAAGUGGUGGAGGGCAACCAGUAGAGUUGGAGCCAAUAACAAGACUACAGAAGAGCAAGGUUGAUCACUUUAUUCAAUUCAUCUCACGCCCAGAGUUUGUUCAAGACGUUGCAUUUGGGACCAGGAGACUGAAGCUCAGUCAUGGAGAAAAGAUUGAAAUCCCAAAUGUUGUUCGAACCGUCGUCGUGUCUCGUCUUGUUGAUUUAUAUCAAGUUUACUGUCAAGAGAUUGGAAUCACUCCACUUGGUCGUAGCUCACUGUUCAGUAUCACUCAGGUGUGUGCUGCUGCCAAUACCUGAAAUCGGACUUCAAACUCCAUUUUCAGGAAAACAAUUCCUGUCCUGAUCACUGUUGGACUUAUGCACUGAGUCCUAAAGAUUCUUGCAACCAUCCUCAUGACGUCCACUGUGAGGUAUGUGACGACCUACGUCUUCUGCUAAAUGAAGUUGAGUUCUCCAUAUCAAGUGUCGACACAAAGUACAAGUACCCAUCACAGAAGGACGAAGUAGCAUAUGAUUUUGAGUCCGCCAAGGACCGUAUCAUUGGUCUAAAAAAUCAUCUUGUGCGUACAAUGGCUCAGGAAAAGUGCAAAGAGGAUAUUCUUUCGAACCUUACCUCUUCCCAAGCACUUUUGACUAUGGAUUGGGCAAUGAAGUAUUUGCCGAGACGAUUUAGAGAAGCUCAACAAGAUUGGUUUGGCAAGAAAGGGAUAUCCUGGCAUGUGACGGUUGCUGUGAUGAAAUCUGGCAGUGAAUUUGAGAUUUUGUGCUUCGUCCAUCUAAUCCAGCCAUGUGUCCAGAAUUGGUGGAGCGUACUGUUAGUACUAGAAGCCUCGUUGCUUGAGCUGAAACGAAGGCGUCCAAACAUCACCGAAGUCUCUCUUAGGUCUGAUAAUGCAGGAUGUUACCACUGUGCACCUCUUAUCCUGUCUAUGGCAGAUCUUGCUAAAAAAGUGGACAUCAUCAUUUCAAGGUAUGAUUUCUCUGAGGUACAGGCCGGUAAAGACAUAUGUGAUCGUAAGAUAGCACCGAUGAAGGCCCAUAUGGAGCGGUACGUCAAUGAAGGCAACGACGUACUCACUGCUGAAGACAUGCACACUGCCUUAGAGUCAUACAAUGGUGUGAGAGGAUGCUAUGCAUCUGUUCUGAAGAUUGGAGACAUGCCCUCUUCUGAUGAAACUCUGAAAUGGCCAGGUGUCACCAACUUUACCAAUUUCUCCUUUGAGGAAGGUGGUGUGCGCUCCUGGCUCGCUUACAGCAUUGGCAACCAAUUCCAUCCCUACGCUAAAUUGAUCAAGCAACCACCUGGACCACUGAUCACCACUUACACAGUUGGACAUUAUACUGAGCCCAAAGUCUUGACGGGAGCAAUUCGUCAACAAAGGGAUGAUGUUCAGUUCUCCUGUACAGAAUCAAACUGUGUCAAAACUUUCCCCACCGAUGAGCUCCUAACACAUCAUUUGGCAGCUGGACGGCAUAUGUUUCGUCCCCUUAA